AUGCGGGAUCCCUUCCCGUUCCCCCCGAUUCCGGCUCUGGCCAAGGCCACCCAGCCAUGGGCCGACCGUCUCUCUUUGCCGACCCUGCCGCUCCAUGUCCAUGAAGUCAUUGGCGCCGCCGCCCUCUACACCUUUGUCCACGUCGUCGUCUCGCCCAUCGUGUCCAACCUUUUCUUCUCCAAGUACUACCCCAAGCACUCGCGCUCCAAGAAGGCCAACUGGGACACCCACGUCGUCUCGCUCGUCCAGAGCACCCUCAUCAACGUCCUGGCACUAUGGGUCAUGUACGCCGACAAGGAGCGUGCCGCCAUGGACUGGGAGCAGCGCAUCUGGGGUUACACGGGUGCCUCGGGCAUGAUCCAGGCUUUGGCCUGUGGCUACUUUGUCUGGGACUUGGGCAUCACGCUGCUGAACUUUGAUAUCUUUGGCUUCGGUCUUCUCGCCCACGCUGUCAGCGCACUUGUGGUCUACUCAUUUGGAUUCAGACCCUUCCUCAACUACUACUCCACGACCUUUAUCCUCUACGAGCUCUCGACACCCUUCCUUAACAUCCACUGGUUCUUCGACAAGCUCAACAUGACAGGCUCCCGUGCGCAGUUGUACAACGGCAUCGCCCUCCUCGUCACCUUCUUCGGCUGCCGGCUGAUCUGGGGCACCUGGCAAUCCAUCGAGGUCUACAAAGACAUGUGGAAAGCCGUACACCGCGCGCCCACGCCGGAGUACAUCCAGUCCUACUACAACACCACCAGCUCGACCAUCGAUGCCGAGAACGUGAUGCUCUUCGCCGCCAAGCCUGAACCCAUCCCCGUGUGGCUUGCUCUGCUGUAUGUGGCUAGCAACUUGACGCUGAACACGCUGAACUGGUAUUGGUUCUUCAAGAUGAUUUCGGCGGUGAGGAAGAGGUUUGUGCCUCAGGACGAGACGAAGGAGGAAAAGUCUGAUCUCAUCGCUGGUAAGGAGGAGAGGGAAGCCAAGUCUACCGCCACCGAACAAGCCAAGCGCCCCGUAAUCGUCAACAGACACCGUCGUCAGAACUCGAUCGAGGACCUCAUCCCCGACAACGAGGAGCUCCGCGAGGGGACGAUCCAGUAG